GAGCUACGAAUCGGAGAUAAGAAUAUAAUUAAGGAAAAUGAAAAUGAAAGCUAGGGAAUGAGCAUCAUCACCUCCUAGAAGUAUCUAACCCACGUCUCUGAAGUUUGCUAUAAAUACUUAACAAUUUCCCUUGAGUUCAUCAAUGCUUGAGUUUGAAUCUUAUCAAUCACAGUAGUAGCAAUGGCAGACGAGAUUAUCUUGUUGGAUUUCUGGCCUAGCUCGUUUGGUAUGAGGGUCAGAGUUGCCCUGGCAGAGAAGGGUCUCAAGUAUGAAUAUAGAGAGGAGGACACGAGCAACAAGAGUCCUCUGCUUCUUGAGAUGAACCCGAUUCAUAAGAAAAUCCCAGUUCUGAUCCACAAUGGAAAGCCCAUUUGUGAGUCUAUGAUAAUAGUUCAGUAUAUUGAUGAGGUUUGGAACGAAAAAUCUCCCUUGUUGCCUAGUGACCCAUACCAGAGAGCUCAGGCCAGGUUCUGGGCGGACUACAUAGACAAGAAGCUCUAUGAACUUGGAAGGAGGAUAUGGUCAACCAAAGGAGAAGAGCAGGAAACAGCCAAGAAUGAAUUCAUAGAGUACCUUAAGAUUUUGGAAGGAGAGCUUGGAGAGAAGCCUUACUUUGGUGGUGAGAAAUUUGGGUUUGUGGAUGUGGCUCUGGUGACUUUCUCAACCUUGUUUUAUGCGUAUGAGAGCUUUGGUAACUUCAGCAUAGAGGUGGAGUGCCCCAAGUUGAUCGCUUGGACCAAGAGGUGCAAGGAAAAGGAGAGUGUGUCGUCUUCUCUGAAAGACCCACAGAAGGUCCAUGGCUUUGUCAUGGAGAUGAGGAAGAAGCUUGGUAUAGAGUAAAAGGGGAACAUCAUGUGUGGGGGUCUUCCCAUCGAAGACCCACAGAAGGUCCAUGGCUUUGUCUUGUGGAUCAGAAAGAAGUUUCGUGUAGAAUAAAAGGGCUUUUGAAUCGUGUUGCAUUGGUAAUAUGAGAGGAGUGUUUGCUUUAAGUAUGCUUUGAAAAUGUAUCGUUAAUAUUUCCGGUUUAAAUCCCUUCCUGAGGGCUGGAAAGACAUGUUUCCAAUUUGUUUUCUUUUGUUUUGGACUAGAGACGUGUUCUUGUAUUAAAGAAAUAAAAGAGUUUUUAACUACCA